AUGGCGUCGACCUACGAUGUCGGCACCAAAGCUUGGCAGCCCGACGCUGCUGAGGGCUGGGUCGCCUCCGAGCUCGUGAGCAAGACCGAGGACGGCUCAAAGGUCAAGCUCGAAUUUAAAUUGGAAAAUGGCGAGACGAAAACCAUCGAAGUUGCGGCCGAGGCACUGCAAACAGGCACGGACGCAGCCUUGCCUCCUUUGAUGAACCCGACAAUCCUUGAAGCCAGUGACGACCUGACAAAUCUUUCGCAUCUCAACGAACCUGCUGUGUUACAGGCUAUUCGGCUACGAUAUCUACAGAAGGAGAUUUACACCUACAGCGGCAUCGUUCUCAUUGCAACCAAUCCCUUCGCUCGUGUAGACUCGCUCUACGUUUCUGGUAUGGUGCAGGUCUAUGCCGGUCGCCACCGUGCAACUCAGGCGCCACAUCUCUUCGCCAUCGCCGAGGAGGCCUUCGCGGACAUGGUUCGUGACAACAAGAAUCAAACAGUCGUUGUAUCUGGAGAAUCCGGCGCCGGAAAGACUGUCAGUGCCAAGUACAUCAUGCGCUACUUUGCUACACGAGAGGCUCCAGAUAACCCUGGUGCCCGUUCAAAACGCGGCACAGAAGCCAUGAGUAAAACUGAGGAGCAAAUCCUGGCAACGAAUCCAAUUAUGGAAGCAUUCGGUAACGCCAAGACAACUCGAAACGACAAUUCCUCCCGAUUUGGAAAAUAUAUCGAGAUCAUGUUCGAUGAUAAGACGAAUAUUAUCGGCGCGAAGAUCCGAACAUAUCUUUUAGAACGUUCCCGCCUCGUCUUUCAGCCGUCAAAGGAGAGGAACUAUCACAUCUUCUAUCAGCUUGUUGCUGGUGCCUCGGAUCAAGAACGUCAAGAGCUGAAUAUUCUUAGCAUCGACAAAUUCAGCUAUUUGAACCAGGGGGGCUGCCCUACAAUUGACGGCGUUGACGAUAAGGCUGAAUUCGAGGCAACAAAAAAGAGUCUGCAGACCAUCGGCGUUCCACUAGAGCAACAAGCCGAUAUAUUUAGGCUUCUGGCUGGCUUACUUCACCUUGGAAAUGUCAAGAUCACGGCCUCCAGGAAUGACAGUGUACUCGCUGCGACAGAGUCGUCUCUAGAGCUGGCUUGCAAAAUCCUGGGCAUCAAUGCAACUGAGUUUGCCAAGUGGAUCGUGAAAAAGCAGCUGAUCACGCGAGGCGAGAAAAUCACUUCCAACUUGUCCCAAGCUCAGGCCGUCGUUGUCCGCGACUCCGUGGCCAAGUUUAUCUACUCCAGUUUAUUUGACUGGCUAGUCAACAUCAUUAACCACAGCUUGGCUACUCCUGAGGUGCUCGACCGUGUCAAAAACUUCAUCGGUGUCCUGGACAUUUACGGCUUCGAGCAUUUCGCAAAAAAUUCUUUCGAACAGUUCUGUAUCAACUAUGCCAACGAAAAGCUUCAGCAGGAGUUCAACCAACAUGUUUUCAAACUCGAGCAAGAAGAAUAUUUGAGGGAGCAGAUAGAUUGGACCUUCAUUGAUUUCUCCGACAAUCAGCCCUGCAUCGAUUUGAUCGAAGGCAAGAUGGGCGUACUCUCACUUCUUGAUGAAGAGUCUAGACUUCCAAUGGGUAGCGACGAGAGUUUUGUCAGCAAGUUGUAUCAGAACUUCAGUACCGACAAGCAACAUCAAUUCUUCAAGAAGCCCAGGUUCGGCAAGACCGCAUUCACGGUUUGCCAUUACGCUAUCGAUGUCACCUACGAAUCCGAAGGGUUUAUCGAAAAGAACCGUGAUACUGUCCCAGAUGAGCAUAUGGCCGUUCUCCGUUCUACCGGCAACGCCUUCCUGAGAGAAGUUCUAGAUGCUGCUUCUGCUGUCCGUGAGAAAGACGUUGCUUCGGCCUCCUCAAACGCCGUGAAGCCAGCUGGUGGGCGCAAAAUCGGAGUAGCUGUCAAUCGAAAACCAACCCUUGGCGGUAUCUUCCGAUCUUCGUUGAUCGAGCUCAUGAACACGAUCAACAACACAGAUGUUCAUUACAUCAGAUGCAUCAAGCCAAAUGAAGCCAAAGAAGCUUGGAAGUUUGAAGGUCCAAUGGUUCUCAGCCAGCUCCGCGCCUGUGGUGUGUUGGAGACCGUCCGAAUCAGUUGCGCGGGGUAUCCUACACGGUGGACUUUCGAGGAAUUUGCUCUGCGUUACUACAUGCUGGUUCGCUCCAGCCAAUGGACCGCUGAGAUCCGUCAGAUGGCCAAUGCCAUCUUGACGAAGGCCCUUGGUACUUCAACUGGCAAGGGGCUUGAUAAGUACCAGCUGGGCUUGACCAAGAUUUUCUUUCGUGCCGGUAUGCUGGCGUUCCUCGAGGGCCUUCGCACCAACCGUUUGAACGAAUGUGCCGUGAUGAUUCAGAAGAACCUAAAGGCAAAGUACUACCGACGCCGAUUUUUGGAAGCCCGCGACGCUGUUAUCCACACUCAAGCGGCUGCUAGGGCCUAUAUUGCAAGGCGGAAGGCCCGGGAACUCCGUACGAUCAGGGCGGCCACCACCAUCCAGCGAGUUUGGCGUGGGCAGAAGCAGCGAAAGUCGUUCCUGCGCAUUAGGAACGACGUGGUUCUGUUUGAGUCCGUGGCCAAGGGCUUUCUCCGUCGCAAAGCAAUUAUGGAAGCCCGCGUCGGUAAUGCUGCUCUCGUCAUUCAGAGAGCUUGGAGGUCUCGUCUGCAGAAACGAUCUUGGAGACAGUACCGUAAGAAAGUUGUCAUGGUUCAGAAUCUCUGGCGGGGCAGGUGUGCCCGCCGAGAGUACAAGAAAGUCAGGGAAGAGGCCCGAGACCUUAAGCAAAUUUCAUACAAGCUCGAAAACAAGGUAGUUGAACUCACCCAGUCGUUGGGUUCCAUGAAAGAGAAGAACAAGGGCCUUAUUUCGCAAGUUGAGAGCUAUGAGGCACAGAUCAAGUCGUGGAAGAAUCGCCACAACGCUCUCGAGGCUCGAACAAAGGAGUUGCAAACCGAGGCUAAUCAGGCUGGUAUUGCCGUGGCUCGCCUCGAGGCCAUGGAAGACGAGAUGAAGAAACUCCAGCAGGCCUUUGACGAGUCCACCGCCAACAUCAAACGGAUGCAGGAAGAGGAACGCGAACUUCGUGAGUCGCUCCGCAUAGCUAAUUCGGAGCUGGAGUCCGCCAAACAAGUAAGCACUGAGAGGGAUAAAGACAACUCUAGCCUGAAGCAAGAGCUAGAGUCUCUGCGAGACGCGUUGGAAGUCGCAAAGAGAAGUGUGCCUAUCAAUGGUGAACUGGCGAAUGGUACUGCUCCGGCCCAGUCUGUGGCAACUGGCCUCAUCAAUCUGGUUUCUUCCAAGAAACCGAAGCGUCGCAGUGCCGGCACAGAGCCCCGUGAUGUCGAUCGCUUCAGCGGAGCUUACAACCCUCGCCCGGUAUCAAUGGCCGUUACUAGCACUGCUCACAGGCAAAACCUAUCUGGAACGACAUUUAUUCCAGGUGUUGAUAAUAUCGAGAUGGAAUUGGAGACCCUUCUUGCAGACGAGGAUGGUUUGAACGAGGAAGUUACAAUGGGCCUGAUUCGCAACCUCAAGAUCCCAUCGCCAAACAGCAACCCACCGCCAUCCGACAAGGAAGUACUCUUCCCGUCCUAUUUAAUCAACUUAGUUACCUCCGAGAUGUGGAACAAUGGCUUUGUGAAGGAAUCCGAACGCUUCCUUGCCAACGUUAUGCAAUCUAUCCAGCAAGAAGUUAUGCAGCAUGACGGCGACGAUGCUAUCAGCCCUGGCGCGUUCUGGCUUUCAAAUGUCCACGAAAUGCUGUCCUUCGUUUUCUUGGCCGAGGACUGGUAUGAGACUCAGAAGACGGACAACUACGAAUACGAUCGCCUCCUGGAGAUUGUUAAGCACGACCUUGAAAGCCUCGAGUUCAAUAUUUAUCAUACUUGGAUGAAGGUCCUCAAGAAGAAGCUUCAUAAGAUGAUCAUUCCUGCGAUCAUUGAAUCGCAGUCUCUGCCCGGCUUCAUCACAAGCGAGAGUAAUCGUUUCCUGGGAAAACUGCUGCAAUCAAACUCUCAGCCCGCAUAUAGCAUGGAUAAUCUCCUGAGCCUGCUCAAUAGCGUCUUUCGCGCCAUGAAGGCCUACUAUCUGGAGGAUUCCAUCAUUACGCAGACCGUCACGGAACUUUUGCGUCUCGUCGGUGUCACCGCGUUCAAUGACUUGCUGAUGAGGCGAAACUUCCUGUCCUGGAAGCGUGGUUUGCAGAUCAACUACAAUAUCACUCGCAUCGAAGAGUGGUGCAAGAGCCAUGAUAUGCCGGAGGGCACUUUGCAGCUGGAGCAUUUAAUGCAAGCUACCAAGUUAUUGCAGUUGAAGAAGGCAACGUUGAAUGACAUUGAAAUCAUUCAAGAUAUUUGUUGGAUGCUAUCGCCAAAUCAGAUUCAGAAGUUGCUGAAUCAGUAUUUGGUUGCUGACUACGAGCAGCCCAUCAAUGGCGAGAUCAUGAAGGCCGUUGCUUCUCGCGUUACUGAGAAGAGUGAUGUCCUCCUCCUCCAGGCCGUCGACAUGGACGACAGCGGGCCAUACGAAAUUGCGGAACCCCGUGCCAUUACUGCCUUGGAAACUUAUACGCCUUCCUGGCUACAAACACCGCGCUUGAAGCGCCUUGCUGAGAUUGUGUCCGCACAAGCCAUUGCCCAGCAGGAGAAGCUGGAGUACGGUGAAGGUGACGAGUUCAAUCGCCCUGCGAGCAUAGCCGAGGUUGAUGAGCUGGAUACCGGGGCGGAGCAAUGA